UCAUCUCUUUCCUUUUUCCACACUGAAAAAAUGGCCGUAAGUUCGCCGGCGGCCUGGUUAUUCACCGCCGUCAGCUGCACUAAAUCCACACAAAAUCUAUCUCAUCGAUGGAAGAAGAAAUCAAUCCUCAUUUCCAAUUCUUCAAGUUGUUCAUCACCAAUCCUAGAAGAAGAAGAACAAACACCCACAGAUCAUCAUCCACUAAUCAAACCAUCAUCAUCAACCUUAUCCUUACAAUUCCAAGAUUUCUCUCUUCUUUCCAUGCCUGAAUCAAACAUCUCUAACGAAGAUCUAGCUUACAAGAAUUACCAGAAGGCUAAACAAAACCCAGAUUUCAAACCUGAGAAAUCAAUGAUCAAUACUCUCAUUGGGUACUCGUGUAAAUCCAGGAAUUGGGGUGUUAUCAGUUCAAUCUGCGAUGAUUUGAAGAAUUUUAAGGUAGUUCCUGAUAGUGUUACAUGUUGUAAAUUGGUUGGUUUUAGUAUUAAAGCUAGGAAAUUUAAGAUUGCAAAUAACAUUCUGAAUGUUGUUGAAACUAAUAGAGAAAUUGCUACUUUGGUAUUUGAUUCCGCUAUGAAAGGAUACAACAAGCUUCAUAUGUAUAGUAGUACUAUAGCACUUCAUGAACGGAUGAAAUUUGCUGAAAUUUCGUUAAAUCCUGGAUGUUAUUACUGGUUUAUGGAAGCGAAUUUGAAAGUUGGUAAUGCUGAUAAAGUCCCUGAAAUUUUUCGUGAUUUAGAGAAGAGGGGAUUCAGUUCGACUGUCUAUGAUAAGGAGAUUCAUCAGGUUUUGUUCAAGUCAUUUGAUGAGUUAAGAAGACCUUAUGAAGCUCUUGAGAUCUUUAGAGAAAUGGUGAAUAAGGGUAUUAAGGAAGAUCAUUCAUUUUACUCGACAUUGAUCUCUUCCUUUGCGAGAAUCCGAGAAUUGAAAGUUGCAGAGACACUUCUCCACGAGGCAGAGGCGAAAAAGAUGUUGAGAGAUCCAGCAAUGUUUUUGAAACUGAUCUUAGCUUAUAUUGAAGAAGAUUGGUUAGAGAAAACAAUAGAAGUUGUAUCCAUAAUGAAGAACAUGAAUAUCAAACCUUCUGAUUGUAUCCUCUGCACCAUAGUUAAUGGUUUCUCUAAGAAGAAAGGACUCAAAGCUGCAGUUAAAGUAUAUGAUGAUCUAAUCCAACAAGGUAACAAACCGGGGCAAGUCACGUACGCGUCGAUCAUAAACAUCUACUAUCGACUCGGUCUCUACCUUAAAUCCGAACAAAUCUUCCACGAAAUGGAGGAACAAGGUUUUGACAAAUGUGUUGUUGCGUACUCAAACAUGAUAGCAAUAUGUGGAAAAUCGAACAGAUUAAGGGAAGCAAUGAAAUUAGUGGCGAAAAUGAAAGAGAAAAGAUGUGAACCGAAUAUAUGGGUGUACAAUUCUCUUCUCGACAUGCAAGGGCGAGCGAUGAAUUUGAGUCGGGUUGAGAAGAUAUGGAAGGAGAUGAAACGAAAGAAGAUAAGUCCCGAUAAAAUAAGCUACACGAGUAUGAUAGGGGCGUAUAACAAGGGUAGAGAGUUUGAGAAAUGCAUACAAUACUAUAACGAGUUUAGAGUGAAUGGAGGAGCGAUAGAUAGAGCAAUGGCGGGGAUAAUGGUUGGUGUUUACUCGAAGAUGAGUCGGGUUGAUGAAUUGGUUAAGCUUUUGCAAGAUAUGAAGGCGGAUGGGACUAAAUUGGAUUUGAGGCUUCAUAAGUCUGUUUUGAAUGCAUUAAGGGAUGCGGGAAUGUUAUCACAAGAGAAAUGGUUACUUGAGAGCUUUGUAUCUUCUUAAGUACAUUUGAAUUUUUUAAGGAGAUUAUUUGAAAAACGCUCAAAUCGAGUUGUCGAAAGAGGAGAAGUGAAGUUAUUGGCAUGGUUAAAAGAAUGAGGUGGUGUAAAGGCUCCCGGCAAAAGUAAAAUGGUAAAUAAUGCAUCUGCUAAGUGUCAAUGGCUCGCUUAGAGUGAAAAGAGUCACCUUGUGAUUUACAUCAUUUUCUAACCACGGUUUUAUAUACUUUUUUUUUCUUGAUUG